AGGUGCACUCCACGGCUGAUAGCACGCAGAACCCACUCCCCCCUUUCCUCAGUAGAGGUGCAUUACAAACACUGCCAGGACAGGGCACAUCUGUUGUUUUCCUCACCGUCGUCAUCGUCGUCGUCGUGGUAGCCGCGGACCCAUUUCUUCUUGUUGUUUUCCUUCUGCAUCGGAGUGAGUGUGUGUUAAGCGUGGUUGGGUAGAGCAUUUGGGCUUCUAAUUGUGCGGUGGCGUGCUUCACGAACGUUUUUUUCUCUUUCUCCCCCUCUACGCCUGUUGCUGCUGCUCUCUGAACUAAUUUCAUAUCAAGAUACAUUUUUUGCCGUUUUUUUGCUGUUGCUUUUUUCAUGAAUUAUUCCUUCACUUGUCUGAGUAACUUUCGCAUGUAUUAUCUUCUCUCUCUCUCUCUCUCUGUGUGUGUGUGUGUGUAUACAUCACUCUUCUACACAGCCCGUUGUCGAAGCACACGCGAUUCAUCCGUCGCCGUUGGCGUUGUUCGCUGCGUGUUGGGGAGGGCCAUUUGCUGUGGCGCUGCGCUCCUGCUAUUAAUUCUUUUAUACCUGCUCUGGUGUGUUCUGCCUGGUGACGUCUUCACCGCUUUCUUCUCUCUUACGGUUCCACACAACAGUGUAAAUAUUAAGAACUUUAUAUACACGUGUGUUUGGUGGGAGCGGCAGACUUGUUUUGGGGUCUGUGCACCGUUUUCUUAUUAUUAUUAUUCUCGUUUCUCAUAUCUCUUCUCCAAUUCCUUUUUUUUCCUAUAAUGCUGCAGGACGCAAAGCUGACCCCCAGCGGCGUCGCCCGCGCCCGCGCCACAUCCACGCAGACGCGCAUCUACGUCCUGAUUGUGGGCUUUGUGCUCACGCUGCUGCUCAUCUUCGCUGCCGUUUUCACUCCGCUGAUCGUCCUCAAAAACGAGGACGCCGCCUACGUGAGCAGCGUGUCGAGACUCGAGCAGCAGCUGGCCAGCGCGGCGGUUGUCCCCUUCCGGCAGGCCAUCGCGAACGCCUCCGUCAUCACGAAGGCGCUGCAAGGGUACGUCCUUAGUCGAGCAACGACGCUGCCACGCCUGAACACUUCCGCGCAGGCCCGCAUGGACUCGCAGCGCGGCAGCUUCAACGACUUCGACGCGGUGGUGCCGACGAUUGCGAGACAGGUGGCGUUUAUCGCGAUGGUGGUCCUUCAGCCCGGCGGGGUGUAUUCCAUGAUAUGGCCCGCGGGAUCGAGCUUGGCGGGUCGGGAUGUGAUGCUGCCCACGGAUUACGCCCAUAACUUCAGUCCCACGCCGCAGGACACACUCCGCGGCGGGGAGGUGGCCUACGUUGGUCCUUUUUUCUCCUCCAUUGAGGUAAUGAACGGUAUCUGGAUCAUGGCGGUGCGACGUCCCGUCUACAGCCGAACCGACACAAAGGCCCCGAUUGACCUCGACACGUUCUGGGGCUUUACGCAAACGGUGGUGAACAUCAGCGAUGUUUUGGCCAAAAACCCUUUCAACUUCAGCAACUACAUCAACGGCAAGCCGCAAACCGUGCACUACCUCCUCACCACUAGGGCCAAGAACACAGACAGAAGAGUCGUUGUGGCAUCGUCGCUUUCGGAUACGAGCCCGGAAGCCGUGGAAGAGUUUGUUGAGCACGGCACGAGCGUCAUGGUGAUGCCGAAUCAUUACUUCAUGAUCACCGUGCUGGGCCGCGACUACGGCAAGUGGUUCUCCGCCAACAACAUCACCAUUAUCGUGGCCACUGCCACCGCAGGCCUGUUCUUCAUCUUCGCGGUCUUCGUAGCGCUACUACUGUACUGCACGCAGACCUACGAUGGCACCGUGCACGCCCCGAAACUGGCGCCCUUCGCCAUACUGACCGUUGGCCCAUGCCGCGGCGAGGAGCUGUGGGAGCUGGCGCCGGACGAAAUGGCUGACGUGGCGGAGCGGCUGAGCCAGCUGCUGACGUCGCAGAUGCAGCGGCACCACGCCUACCAGAUCCAGCAGGUGCACCCCCUCACCACGUCCUACGUCACGCGCGGUGUGGCGGCGGCGGUGCAGAUGGCCUUCGACGCCAUCGAGGAGCUGCACCGCCACCCCAUCGACGCCGCGCUGCAGCGCCUGCUGGGCGACGACGGCUGCCUGCUGGUGUCCUACGCGGUGCACUGGUGCAACGACGCGGUGGUGCGGCUGGACCCGAUGGAGGGCGGCUACCGCUACGAGGGCCCGGACGUGGUGUACGGCGGCCGCAUGUGGGCCUUCGCCCCGCCGAGCGUCGUGACGGCGUCGGAGGCGGUGGCACAGGCGCUCCCCCGCUUCGGCCUGUGUUGCGUCACCGCCGAGCCGUACCGCCGCGUCAACGUCGUGCGCUCGCGCUGUGCCUGCGGCGCCACCGGCGACUGCGACAUGAACGGCAGCAGCGGCGACAGCAGCGGCAGCGGCACGGCCACCAUCUACGUCCCCCUCUCCGCGCCGACCACCGUGGCGGCGACGGCGGGCAUGUGUCGCGGCGGCGGCGGCGGUGGUGCCGCGCUGUACCGCCUCACCGCCAUGGCCCGCGACACGGACAACGACAAGGACACCCCUCUGCCCCCGCAGAUGCUGCUGACGCUGGUGGACCCGCGCCGCCCGGUGCUGAUGGCUGCCAGGGCCGCCGCACAGGCACACGCCUCGCACCGCCACCGCUGGCCCCUCUCCAUGUCCCUUCCCAACGUCGCGGACGCGGAGGCGCACUCGCCACAUCCCGUGCACGAGGUCGUAGCGGGCUCCGGCGCGGUGGCGAGGCGUGAGGCCGGGAGCCAAAACCCGCUCUGUGGCGUGCGCAUCGGCGGCUCCUUCCACUCCAGCGAGGAGGAGAUGAUGGAGGCCACCUCCAGUGCGGUGCCUGGGUCGUCGUUGCCCAAUUUCGGCUCCUCGUCAUCCGAGGUGGGGGUCUCUGGAACCACGGCGGUAGAGCGCGUCUCGCUUGUGAUCCAGGGCGACGGGGUCACGCGUGCGCUGCUGCGGCCCGUCAUCCCGCACGCCCUCGACGUCGCCCUGCACGUCGCCUUCGACUACCAGGCCAUCACCCUCGGCAUGAGCUACAACUCGAUGCGGGUGCUCGUGUACUACUUCUACUCGAGCUACAAGAUUCUCUUCCGCCCGCUGGCGGCCCCGGAGCGGCACAACAUCUACCGCCGCCUGGUGACUGCGUUUGGGGUGCCGCAGCAGGGCAUCCUCGAGCACCUCGCCGCGCGGUGCGCCAUCCGCUGCCUGCAGCACAGUUCCAAGCAGCGGCAACUAACAAUGUCGAGCCGCUGUGCGAGCUGCAACGUGGGGGCGGUGUUGACGCCUCCAGGGGAGCACGCGUUAAGAGAUAGUAAAGAAGGGUUAACAGAGUGA